AUGCUGCAAAUGAGGACUAGGAAUGGCUUUGUACCGCCGGGCGGGCUUGAGAAGGAGUGGGAGCUUCGGCCCGGUGGAAUGUUGGUCCAGACCCGAACCGACCUAAACGAAAACCUUGUGCCAGUACCGACUAUUCGGGUCCGGGUCAAAUACGGGUCGGUCUAUCACGAAAUGCGAAUCAGCUCACAAGCCACAUUUGGUGAGUUGAAGAAGAUGUUAUCUGGCCCGACGGGCCUGCACCAUCAGGAUCAGAAGCUAUUCUACAAGAAUAAAGAGAGGGAUUCAAAAGCAUUUCUCGAUAUCGCGGGUGUCAAGGACAAAUCUAAAAUCAUGCUGCAGGAGGACUCGAUUAGUCGAGAAAAACGGUAUUUGGAAAUGAGGAAAAACGCAAAAAUUGACACGGCUGCGCAAUCCGUAUCGGAAAUCAGCUUGGAGGUUGAUAGACUCGCUGGACAGGUAUCGGCACUUGAAUCCGUUAUAUCUAAGGGCGGGAAAGUAGUCGAAAUGGAUGUUGCGAACCUUAUCGAUCUCUUAAUGAAUCAACUGCUUAAAUUGGACGGCAUCAUUGUCGAUGGUGACGUCAAAUCACAGAAGAAAAUGCAGGUGGAAAGAGUGAAGAAGUGCGUCGAGACUCUCGACAUGCUAAAGAUUCAAAACUCGAUGCACCAAACUCGACCCGUUGACCAGCUGUUGGUCGGGCACUCACUAAUUGAUCACUCGCCGGUCGAACAGCGGUCGGGUGGGCCUGUCGUGAUGACGACUCAAUGGGAAACGUUCGACUCGGUUACACACACGCGGGCGUCCACGUUGGAUCCAUGUCGGCUAAACCGGAUUGAGUCAGCAGUUACCGGCUAG